AUGCAACACUCCCGCUAUGACAACGAAAAAGCCGUCAAACGCAACCCCCACCCCGACUUCAAAUCCGUAGAAGCCUCCCGUCCAGACUGGCCCGAAGACAACAAAUGGCACUACACCAAGAUCCGCAACCCAGACUGGAAGCUCGGCGACGGCGCCAACGACAACGGCGAAUGCCUCAAGAAAGAGCACGUCGAAAUCGACCCAUACGCAGAAGGUCGUCCCGCAGUGUCAAACUACAAACUCCUCAUCUCCGCCAUCAUCCCCAGACCCGUGGGUUUCGUGAGCACGAGAAGUAAAGAUGGGAGUAGCACAAACUUGGCUCCGUUCUCUUAUACUCAGGUGGUCAAUCAUGAUCCUCCUGUUUUCAUCAUUGGUUAUGCGGGUGGCUAUGAUAAUGCAAAGGACUCAUUGAAGAAUUUGAGAGAGACUGGGGAGUGCGUCAUCAACAUGAUUUCUGAGCAUUUCAUCGAGGCUGCGAAUAGUACUUCUAUCAACGCUCCGUAUGGUGUUUCGGAGUGGGCGUUGAGUGGAUUGACACCGGCUCCUUGCUCAGAGGUCAAGGCCAGUCGUGUCAAAGAAGCCAUCUUCUCUGCAGAGUGCAAGCUGAUGAACACGCAAGAGUUUGAGAGUAAGGCUACUCCUGGAAAGAAGACUGGUGUUUUGGCUGUGGUCGAGGGUGUCAGAUUCUGGGCGAGAGAGGACGCUAUCAACGAGGAUAAGAAUCUGAUUGAUCCUUCUAUCCUCAAGCCUGUCGCCAGACUCGGAGGCAUCACAUAUUCGCGCAUCACAGAAGGCUUCGAGAUCCCUCGCCCCGACUGGGAAGAGAACAAGGAAUUGAUAGACAAACUCGCAGCACCAAAGGUUGAAGGCCAAUAG